UCUUCUUCCCUCAUUUCUCUCUUUCUCAGCUUCCGGAAGCUCCUCCCAACGGCAACGCCCCCCUCCUCCCACGAUACUACUAUCAUCGUUGACGUCAUCCCCACCACAACGGCUACCUCUGCUUGGCCACGCCCCUCGCGCGCUCUCGCUCCCAGAAGGGGGAGGAGCCAGGCUGGCGCGCGCUCGCCUCGUGCCGGACAAUAGCGGCGCUGCCGCAGCGGCGGGUUGUCUAUCUCUGUCUCUUUCGCCCAAAGCGGGCCUCGGCUCAGGCAGAGCUGUAGGAGCGCAGCGAGGGAGCGGCGAUUGCACCGGGCCUCGCCUCGCUUCUCCAGCCGGGCCUGGCUUUUGUGGGCGCCCCGGGAGACGAGGUGGCGGAGGCGAAGGGGGCCGGGGUUGGGGUGGCGGGGGCAGCAGCAUCAGCACCGCCGCCUCCUCCUCCGCCCCGAUGGAAGUAUGCUACCAGCUGCCGGUGCUGCCCCUGGACCGGCCGGUCCCUCAGCACGUCCUCAGCCGCCGGGGGGCCAUCAGCUUCAGCUCCAGCUCCGCGCUCUUCGGCUGCCCAAACCCCAGGCAGCUCUCGCAGAGACGUGGUGCAAUUUCCUAUGACAGUUCUGAUCAAACUGCGCUGUACAUUCGCAUGCUAGGAGAUGUACGAGUAAGAAGUCGGGCAGGAUUUGAAACAGAGAGAAGAGGUUCUCAUCCAUACAUUGAUUUCCGUAUUUUUCACUCAAAUUCUGAAAUUGAAGUUUCUGUGUCUGCAAGAAAUAUUCGAAGGUUACUGAGUUUCCAGCGGUACUUGAGAUCUUCCCGUUUCUUCCGUGGUAUUACUCUUCCAAAUUCUUCAAACUUUUUAGAUGAUGAUUACAACGGACAAGCUAAGUGUAUGCUAGAGAAAGUUGGAACCUGGAAUUUUGAUAUCUUCCUUUUUGACAGGCUAACAAAUGGAAACAGUCUAGUCACCUUAACCUUCCACUUGUUUAAUCUUCAUGGACUUAUAGAGCACUUCCAACUAGAUACAAUGAAGCUCCGCAGAUUUUUAGUAAUGGUCCAAGAAGAUUACCACAGUCAAAACCCAUAUCACAAUGCAGUUCAUGCUGCUGAUGUGACUCAGGCCAUGCACUGUUAUUUAAAAGAACCCAAGCUUUCCCAAUCUCUGACUCCAUGGGAUAUUCUGGUCAGCUUAAUUGCAGCUGCCACUCAUGAUUUGGAUCAUCCAGGUGUUAAUCAGCCUUUCCUUAUUAAAACAAACCAUUAUUUAGCAACUUUAUACAAGAAUACCUCAGUAUUAGAAAAUCACCAUUGGAGAUCAGCAGUGGGGUUGUUGAGAGAGUCUGGAUUAUUUGCACAUAUGUCACUAGAAAACAGGCAGCUAAUGGAAAGCCAGAUAGGAGCGCUGAUUCUUGCCACUGAUAUAAGUCGGCAGAAUGAGUAUCUUUCUCUCUUCCGCACUCAUUUGGACAAGGAGGACUUAUGCUUAGAACAGGAGAGUCAUCGUCAUCUUGUACUUCAGAUGGCAUUGAAAUGUGCUGAUAUUUGCAACCCCUGCCGGACUUGGGAACUAAGCAAGCAGUGGAGUGAGAAAGUAACAGAAGAGUUCUUUCACCAAGGAGACGUUGAGAAAAAAUAUGGCUUGGGUGUGAGUCCACUGUGUGAUCGACAGACAGAAACCAUUGCAAACAUCCAGAUUGGUUUUAUUACCUAUUUGGUGGAACCAUUGUUUGCAGAGUGGGCCCGUUUUUCGAACACCAAGCUGUCUCAAACAAUGCUUGGUCAUUUAGGACUGAAUAAAGCUAGUUGGAAAGGAGUACAGAGAGAGCAAUCCAGCAGUGGUGAUGAUACUGAUCCUGCAUUUGAGGAAAUGGACUCUGAUAUAGUACCUCAGGAACACUGACUAUCCUGACCCCAGGAUCCAUUCAACAAACUGCCUCUUGCCUGACAUCUGCAGAGCAAGGUUUGAGGAUACAUUUUGUCUGACUGCCAAGGUUUCAGUAUAACCAAUGCCAGCAUUAUUUAUUUUCAAGGUUUCCCUUUGAUAUAUCAUUUGAACUCAAUUUUCAACUACAAGACCUGAACAUAGCAAUAUGCAUAUGCCUCUCAGUUGGCUUCUGCAUGGAACCUUGAAUAUGCAAAUGAGAGAAGUGAACCUUGACUGGGGAAAAUGUACAAGAUAUAUUGUUAUGUGCCACAUUGUUUUAUUUUUAUUUGUUUUUAGAGGAAGUUUGAAAUAAGGCCUUCAAGUCACCACAUGACAUGGAUGAUUCCAUUCUCUAGGAAUUUCUUAAGACUCCAUUCAAUCCCUGUCCAAAAUGUGGAAAUGUGAAGUGCCCAUACUUGGCUGCCUUGGGCAAGAACUGAUGUUUACAAAUGUACUUUGAAACUAUAGACUCUAAACUAACUUUUCUGCAUGGCUGUGGAAGGAACCACUAACUCAAAACGAUCAAAUCUGAAUCUGCAGCUUAUUUUCUUCUUAGCAAGAAAUCAUCUAAUGUAAAGCACAGCCAAACUUUACUCCAGUGCAGAAGGGAAUGCAAUUUUAGCAGGCAGAAAUACUGAAUUUUGGGGGAAGUGGGUUGGGUUGGGAAGAGAGGAAGUGUCCCAAUUGUGUUAAGAUUCUGCAGUGGAAACAUUUGCAUGUUGUUUUCACUAUUGUACACUUGAACUGCACAUGCAAGUAAAAAAAAAAGGUGGAAUGACUAUGAACACCAGAAACAGCUCAGGGUAUUUGCCGAUUGAAAAUAAAGUGGGAUGGGAAGUGUGUCCUUCAGAACAAGGGUACAAAUGCCCCUUUCGCUGCAGUGUGUGUGUGUGUAUGUGUGGCUGUGUGAGUGAAUAUUUGGGGGGAGGGGGGAAGGGGAUGAUGGGACAGAUUUGAAAGACAAUUUUCUUUUAAUUUAUUCUUUUUUAGAAUGUGACAUUUUCAUGAGCAGCCACGGGGGGGAACUAACAGGUUGCUACAGCUGCCUUAAACUAUGCACAAAGCUAAGUGACCAAAUUUUGUGUUGAUUGAAAAAGUGCAUUGUUUACUUAUUCCUCCCUCUACUGAAAUGUUACCCAUUAUGGGUUUUUUGAUGUGAAAAGGAGAAAUGUUUUUAAGGACAAAUUUUAAGGACUAAUUUUUAAUCUUCAAGCAUUCCUUUUUUUUGUAAUUUUUUUUAAACAUUGUUUUAAGUACUGUAAGCACAACUGUAAUCUAUUUUGAGAAACUGGUGCUUUCUUUUUGUUCACUUGUAUUUUCCUUGUUCUUACUGUAAAGACUGUUUAUUCCAUUCUGUUUACAGUUUGCAACAGCCAUUUUUGGGAGAGAGCUUCAGUGUAAAGCCAUUUGUUGAAGGCUUUGCCAUACUCAUUUUAAUGUGCCUGUUGCUGUUAACUUUUGAUUAAUAAUAAUAAACAACUUUUCACAUUA